AUGUUGGCGGUUGUCUUGAGACCUGCGGCGAUGGGACACCUCUGGGCGAGCGUGUGGCAUUCCGAUACGUUCGAUGUGGAGGGUGAGCGAAAGAGGGGUAACUGGGGGGGAUCUGGGAGUGAUCGACCGACCGGUGGCCCCGUACAAUGGGCAGCCUUAUCAAAAACAAACGGCGGCAGCCGCUUUUGUGUGGUGUCAGCAGCCUCCAUUCAGCGCGGGCGGCGAUAAGAUAUCCGGCUCGGGGAGCCGACUAACCGACCGUGCCGACCGAUCUCGCAGCCUGCCGCGGACAACAAGUAGCGGUGCAGUCUGUUUGGGAAGUCUGAGGUGCCCUCUUCCCCAAAAUGUAGCGGUGUGGUGGCCAGCGAGGGUUGCGGGACCGUUCCCGUCUGUUGACGUAGCGGGCGCUCUCUUAAGGGCGCUAGACGCGGUGCCAAUGAUCAUGAACCGUGAGGCCAGCUUAUUUUCGGCAAAGUUCCGCGACUGGAGCCAUCUAGACACGUGCGCCGACGGAUUCAAGAUGUCGGAACCCUUGCCGGUACCCCAACUGUUGAGGGUGCACCACAAUGGCUCCUCCACGCCGCCUCUCACCACGGCGUCGGUCACCAAUUCCGAGGUGCACGAGAAAAACAAGAAGUUCACGGUCUACAAGGUGGUGGUGACUGUGGAUGGCCAUUCCUGGUUCGUUCUGCGGCGGUACAACGACUUCAGCAAACUUCUCGACAUUAUCAAGAAGCAGUGCCCGGGCUCGCAUCUCAAGCUCCCGGGCAAGAAGCUGUUUGGGAACAACUUCAGCCCUGAUUUCAUCCGCACCCGUCGUCAGGGGCUAGACGACUUCAUCCAGAAGUUGGUCCUCGAUGAGAAACUCAUGCAGCACCCCGAGGUCAGGGCCUUCCUUAACGUGGACAAGAAUCUGGGCGACAAGGAGACGCCGGAAGAGGAAGAGGUUCCAGGCGCCAUUGCCGAAGCGCCGGUGGAUCUCGGAUGCACAGAGAAGCCACAUGCCACGCCCGGAGACUUUGAGUUCCUCAAGGUGAUCGGCAAGGGCAGCUUUGGAAGGGUCAUGCUGGCCAGGCACAAAGUGGAGCGGAAACUCUACGCCGUCAAGGUGCUGCAGAAGAAGAUGAUCCUGAAGCGCAACGAGCGCAACCACAUUAUGUCCGAGCGCAACGUGCUGCUGAAGAACCUGCACCACCCGUUCCUGGUGGGCCUCCACUUCUCCUUCCAGACGUCGGACAAGCUCUACUUCGUCCUCGACUACGUCAACGGGGGCGAGUUGUUCUUCCACCUGCAGAAGGAGAGGUACUUUGCAGAACCCAGGGCGCGCUUCUAUGCGGCCGAGAUCACCUGCGCACUCUCCUAUCUGCAUUCCCAAGGGACCAUGUACAGGGAUCUGAAACCAGAAAACAUUCUACUCGAUGCACAGGGUCACGUUGUCCUGACUGACUUUGGCCUCUGCAAGGAAGGCCUCAGGGAGCAGGACACAACAAGCACAUUUUGUGGGACGCCGGAGUACCUGGCCCCCGAAGUGUUGCGGAAAGAGGCGUACGACCGCACGGUCGACUGGUGGUGCUUGGGUGCCGUCCUCUACGAGAUGCUCUACGGUCUGCCGCCGUUCUACAGCCGAGACACGACCGAGAUGUACGACAACAUCCUGCACAAGCAGCUGAAACUGCGCACCAACAUCUCCCUGGCUGCCCGCAACAUCUUGGAAGGGCUGUUGCAGAAGGACCGGACACUGCGCCUGGGCCACGCGGAAGACGGGGACGAAGUGAAGCGCCACGAGUUCUUCAACCCCAUCGUCUGGCAGGACCUGGAGGCCAAGAAGAUAUCGCCACCCUACCGCCCCAACCUGAACGGGUGCAUGGACCUCAAGAACAUCGACCCAGAGUUUGUGAGGGAACCGGUUCCCGCAUCUGUGGGACGGUCGCAGACCAUGAGCGCCAGCGUCCAGGACGCAGACACCGCAUUCCAAGGCUUCUCCUACGCCCCGCCGAUGGACUUCCACUGAUUUGUCCCGCAUUCUCUUUCUUAACGCGUUGCCGCAACCGUUUUGGAUGCCGACCCCCUAACGUUUCAUUGUUCUUUUGUAAUUUUUACCGUAACUUUAUACCGCGCGAUCUUUUGUCGCGCGCUCCACGGGGUGCCCAUUUUUAGUCGGCCGCCGGCUCGGCCUUCAGACCGACGCGGUCGUUGUUUUAUCGAGGGCCGCCGCCACCUUUGAAGGGACCACAUUGCGAGGACCGUCUUUGCUUUGAGGAUGGCACCCUCGCUCUUUCCAAACUAUGUGCCUCUGGCUGCAGUCUUGAGAAGCAGCUGUUUGUUUUUUUUCUCGCGCAUACGUCUUCGAAACAGUGUGCCGAAAGCCUAGUUCAAAAGGUGCAAUGGAGGAAGGUCCGGAAGAAGUCGGCGCUGCUAGUUCGUUGCCCAAGCUGGUCAUUUUGAAGCGGCACUCCACAGUCGAAUGUGUAUACUGCCCGCCUGUGCCGGAGUACCAUGGAACUACACGAUGCCUUACGAGAGAACUCUGGAAAGGAAGCCAUCAUUAUUAUCACGAUGCCGAGAGAUUUUUUAUUUCCCGUGGCACCGCCACCAUUGUACAGACUCGCAAGCAGACGCUUGGAGGGAAGCAGCUUCUAGAAAGCAGUGUUUUGUUUUGGCAAUAAAAAAAGAAAAUGAUUCACACAUUUUAA